AUGGAGUCUGGGCUGCGCUGGGUUUUCCUUGUUGCUCUGUUACAAGGUGUCCAGUGUGAGGUGCAGCUGGUGGAGUCUGGGGGAGGCUUGGUCCAGCCUGGGGGGUCCCUGAGACUCUCCUGUGCAGCCUCCGGAUUCACCUUCAGCAGCUACGCAAUGAGCUGGGUCCGCCAGGCUCCAGGGAAGGGACUGGAGUGGGUUGGUUUUAUUAGAAACCAGGCUAAUGGUGGCACAGCAGAAUAUGCUGCAUCUGUGAAAGGCAGAUUCACCAUGUCACGGGAUGAUUCCAAAAGCACCGUCUCUCUGCAAAUGAACAGUCUGAGAGCCGAGGACACGGCCCUGUACUACUGUGCCAGUGACACAGUGAGGGCUCCAGGGAAGGGGCUGGAGUGGGUCUCAAGGACUAGUAAUGGUGGUAGCACAUACUACGCAGACGCCGUGAAGGGCCGAUUCACCAUCUCCAGAGACAAUGGCAAGAACACGGUGUCUCUCCAAAUGAACAGUCUGAGAGCCGAGGACAGGGCCCUGUACUACUGUGCCAGAGACACAGACGCUGUGGGUGGCCCUGAGGUGGCCACAGGUGAAGGGUCACUCAGCGUGUGGGUGAGGAACACGGACAUUAUGGCAAAGAAGGCAGCUCUGUCUAUGCAAAUAGCCCCAGGUUCAAGGAGAGAUAUAGGCAGGCGUGUGAGCAAGACGUUCUGUGUCUUUGCUCCGGGAAGCACUGUCCUCGCUGAGAAACCCAUGGCCCCUGCGCUGGCCCUGCUCUGCCUGCUGGCCGCUCUGCAGGGUGUCCUGAGCGAGGACCACCUUAUGCAAUGGGGGGAGGGAGUGGUGGUCUCCUCACAGAAGCUCAGCCUCACCUGUGCUGCCUACACGCGCUCCAUUUCGGAAUAUGCCGUGUCCUGGGUCCGCCUUCCCCACGGGAAGGGCCUUGAGUGGAUUGGUGUGAUCUGGGCUAAUGGGAACACCAACUACAGCCCCAACCUCCAGUCCAGAGUCAGCAUCUCCAGAAACACAAACAAGAACCAAGUGUUCCUAGAGCUGAGGAGCGUCACUGCUGAGGACACAGGCACAUACUACUGUGCCCAGGGCACCGUGGUCCGGAUCCAGGGUGAGCCCAGACACGAUUCUGCCCUCCAGCAGUGCUCGGGGCCUCCAGGGGGCGCUCGGGAACCACUGAGCCCUGGUCCCUGCACAGCAUGUGGGUUUAGGGCUAAUUUCCAGGCAAGAGGUUUUCUUUGCAUGCCCUGCAAACUUCCUGAUGUGCAGAAAAUACAAAGAUUUUAG